CGCGCGCCCGCCAUCGCCCCUUUAAGAGCGGCGCCCGCGGGCGGCGGGGAGGCAGCGAGCGGGGGCGCGCGCGGCGGGAGGAGGGGAGCGCGCGCUUCCCGGAACAGCCAACGCGAAGGGAAGGGAGAAAAAAAAGCCACCCUGCGGCCGGGGCCGGAGCUGGAGCCGCCGGAGCCGCAGCUGCCGCCGCCGCCGCGGCCGUCUGGAGCUCCCCCGCGCGGACGAUGUCCGCGGUGCCCGCCCGGGGCUCGGGGCGGUGAGGCCCGGGGCGCGGGGUAGCUAUGGCGACGGCGAGCGCGGCCCGCGGCGCCGCCUGACAGGUGUGGGCCCCCGCGGCGGCGGCGCGGAGCAGCAUGUACGCCAAGGGGGGCAAGGGUUCGGCCGUGCCCUCCGACAGCCAGGCCCGCGAGAAGUUGGCGCUGUAUGUCUACGAGUACCUGCUGCACAUCGGCGCCCAGAAGUCAGCCCAGACCUUCCUGUCUGAGAUCCGAUGGGAGAAGAACAUCACGCUGGGGGAGCCCCCCGGGUUCCUGCACUCCUGGUGGUGCGUCUUCUGGGACCUGUACUGCGCAGCGCCCGACCGGAGAGAGGCCUGUGAGCACUCAGGCGAGGCCAAGGCCUUCCAGGACUAUAGCGCUGCAGCCCCCAGCCCUGUGAUGGGGAGCCUGGCCCCAGGUGACGGAAUGGCUGCAGGCCCCAUGGCGGCAGGCUUCUUCCAGGGCCCCCCCGGCUCCCAGCCGCCCCCCCACAACCCCAAUGCCCCCAUGAUGGGGCCUCACAGUCAGCCCUUCAUGUCACCGCGGUUCCCAGGGGGCCCCCGGCCCACCCUGCGGAUGCCGAGUCAGCCUCCCGCAGGCCUCCCUGGCUCCCAGCCCCUUCUCCCUGGCACCAUGGAGCCCUCCCCACGAGCCCAGGGGCAUCCGAGCAUGGGCGGCCCAAUGCAGAGGGUGACGCCUCCUCGGGGCAUGGCCAGCAUCGGGCCCCAGAGCUACGGAGGUGGCAUGCGGCCCCCACCCAACUCCCUUGCCGGCCCAGGCCUGCCUGCCAUGAACAUGGGCCCAGGAGUUCGAGGCCCGUGGGCCAGCCCCAGUGGAAACUCGAUCCCCUACUCCUCCUCAUCCCCCGGCAGCUACACGGGACCCCCAGGAGGAGGUGGGCCCCCUGGAACACCCAUCAUGCCUAGCCCUGGAGAUUCCACCAACUCCAGCGAGAACAUGUAUACCAUCAUGAACCCCAUGGGGCAGGGUGCCGGCAGGGCUAAUUUCCCCAUCGGCCCUGGCUCGGAGGGCCCCAUGGCCGCCAUGAGCGCGAUGGAGCCACACCACGUGAACGGAUCCCUGGGCUCGGGCGAUAUGGACGGGUUGCCGAAGAGCUCCCCCGGCGCCGUGGCCGGCCUGAGCAACGCCCCAGGCACCCCGCGGGACGACGGCGAGAUGGCGGCCGCCGGGACCUUCCUGCACCCGUUCCCGAGCGAAAGCUACUCGCCAGGGAUGACCAUGAGCGUGUGAUGGGGCGGCAGCCCCGGGCCUCUGCGGGCCUAGGCUUCUGCCCAGCGCUCCUGCUCAGGGCGAGGGGCUGAGGUUACACCUCGGGCACCUGGACUCCUGGCCAAUCAAGGCUUACCCAGCUGGGAGGCCCCACAGGAAAGACUUUUAUCAUUUUAUUAAAAACGCAAGGACCUCAGAGAUGUUCUUUUCUGUAUGGACCCUUCCUGCCAUUUGUAUUUUGUUCCAGAAAGAAGGGUUCUUUGGGGGGGCCCCUCUCCCCAGGACGUCAGGGGGUGGGCCCCAUCAAUAAAUAGAACCUGGUUUUGGUUUUUGGUA